UUUAAACCAGAACACGUAUCUACAGGAAACACUGUGAAUGCUACUUUCUCUCAAUUCAACCAUCAAGAAGAGAAGGAGACACCAAAGUGAGAAAACGUCAAAGGUUCAUUCAGCAUCCUUGAGAAACUUCAGAAGACCAACUGUCCACUAUGAACUCCAUGCUAACCAGGAACCAGCAGAAAACAAUCUGCUCACAGCUGGGUAAUGUGAAGCUACAGCUGCUGUACAAGGCCAGCGCCCAUGGUUUCACCGGAGCAGCCUUCCACCAACAAUGUGACGACCGCUGUCCCACAGUGUCUGUGGGCUAUAAUGCCUCUGGUUAUGUGUUUGGAGGCUACACCAAUCAACCUUUCUGUCAGUCUGGACAGUUUGUGCAUGAUGACCAGGCCUUUCUCUUCACUUUCAAUGGAGAAAAGCUCAAAAAAUAUCCAGUCACCGAUCCAAGAUAUGCAGUGAACAUGAUGGAUGACUCCGGUCCAUAUUUUGGAGAAGCACUGGUUCUUGUCAAUGGAAAUCAAGCAGUAGUUCAUAGCAAUCCAGGAAAUUACUACAACUUCAGUGCUGCAGACAUGCAUGGCAACGACCUCAAGCUGACUGAGUGUGAAGUCUAUGAAGUCGAGGAAAGCACUGAACCUGAGAAGCCUUGGAGGACGAUAGUCUGGGAAUCUGAGAAGAGGAAGGAGCUGAUGGACAGUAUUAGGAGCUACAAACCAGUGGUCAGCUCUGUGUCCCAGGUUCAGGUCUUGCUCAUAGGAGCAGUUGGAGCUGGAAAGUCCAGUUUCUUCAAUUCUCUUAAUUCUGUAUUCAGAGGCCACGUGACCAGUCAGGCCAUCUCUGGCUCCUCUACCACCAGCCUAACCACACAGUUUCGUACCUACACUUUGAAAUCGGGACGAGAAGGAAAACCUCUGCCAAUCAUCUUGUGUGACACCAUGGGAUUGGAGGAAGACACAGGGGCGGGGCUUGAUAUAGAUGAUAUCAGCAGUAUCCUCAAAGGUCACCUGCCUGACCGUUAUCAGUUCAACCCCUCUGCUCCUCUGCAAGUGGAGGCCAGCAGCUAUCGAAAGUCUCCAGGCCUCAAGGACAAGAUCCACUGUGUGGCUUACGUCAUGGAUGCCUGCAAGAUUUCCAUCAUGCCCAAAAAGCUGCAGGAAAAACUGGAUGCUAUUCGCAGAAAGGUCAACUUAAUGGGGAUUCCUCAGCUGGUCCUGCUCACUAAAGUAGAUGAAGCCUGCCCUUUGGUGAAGGAGGAUGUGAGAAACGUUUAUAAGAGUGGCUACAUUAAGGAAAUGAUGCAGGAAGCGAGUGCUCGGCUCGGUGUGCCUUUGUCUUGUGUUGUUCCCCUGAAGAGCUACAGUGAAGAGUUGGAGUUGGACCCAAACACUGACAUCCUGCUGCUCAGCGCCGUCAUCCAGAUGCUUCGCUUCGCUGAUAAUUACUUUGAUGACAUCAGUGACAAAUUGAGCAGCAGCUUCACUGAUAAUUCCCUUGAUGACAUCGGUAACAAAUUCCGCAACAUUUACACCAAAGAAUAAGUAUGUGUGCAGCAGACACAAUAACCUGAGCAACUGUAAUGAAAUGUCCCUCAAAAUGAUCCAUGCAUGUGAUUCUGCCUAGUGCUAGUUCACUGUUAACCAUUCUUAUAAUACAUCCAUGGUGUUAACAGAGUGAGCAGUGAAUCCCAGAAUUCUUCAGGAACUUGGUGCGCCUCCUCCUGGAGAUUUCCCAAGUGUCCCUUGCAAUGCUGGGAGAUGUAGUUAUUUUAACGUGUCCUGCAACUGCACUGCACCUCCAGUCUCUGGCUGAGAUGAUCCUCAUUUUGAUUGUGUCACUCAGAUGCAAAAAAUUAAAUUUCCUUUUUGAUUAUGUAGCAAAUUUUUACAUUAAUCGAAAAUUAUUACUUUAUAAUGUUUUUACAUGAUCACAUGAUUACAUGAUUUUAUCAGUUCGUUGGCUUUUGGUGGGACAUUUCAUCACAAGUAUACAAAUGUUCUUUACUGCAUUAUAUUAACUUGUGCAUCUUCAUCUUUUUGUUCUUUGUUUCAUGUGAUUGAGGCUUCAGUCAGUUAAGUUUAUUAGUGCUCAUCUGCAUCGAAAACUGUGCAUACGUUUUUCAUUUGCCCUGUUCUCCUCAUGUACUCUUUCAUACAGUUUUGCUGUUACAGUAGAUGUUGUCAAGUUAUAUGUAUAAACUGUACUGCCACAUACCUUUCAUUUGGACAAGUUUUUAUCUAAUUUCCACUUUGCUUUUUGAGUUUUCCUUACAUAUUAUACAAAGUACAUAUCUAAUGCUAUGUAUAAAUUAAAUGUGAUUUAGGACUACUGUACACAAAAACAUUUCAUAUUUAUGUUGCCCAAAUUUCACAACAGCUAAAAACAUUGUGCUUCCUGAAUAAAGUCUUGGGAGAACCAUCACUGUACCGAUAGUUUCAAGACUAAGAAAACACAGUAUUUAGUCUGUACAUAGUCCACUGCCACCGAAACAUUCAUGACAUUUUGGUUUUUAAUUCAUUCCAGCUCUGUUCUUUUUCAUGAGGUUUUGUUGUAAAAUUCAUUUUCUUUACAGUUUUUGUCUUUUUGCUGCCAGAAAAACAACUUUCCAGUUAUUCAGAUGUUUGCAAUAAUUAAAUGUUUGUUAUGUUGCAUGUUAUUUACAUUCAGCUUGUGUUUGGAGUCGUGUCAAUGACAAUCAAAGCUCUUGCUGGUGUCACAAACUGGCUUAGUGCAUGUGACAAAGAGGGCAGACAAGUCAGGCUAAAGUGCCAAUUGAAUUUUUUAUUGGAAAUAAAGACAUAACUAUUUACAAAAGGCAUGAGGAGAGAUGUGGAGUCUAGGAGAGAGAGAGACAAUGAGAAUGGUGUUCAUUAUUUGAUUUAGGAAUUACAAUGAAAUUUAAAGUUCACAUGUUUCU